AUGCUGGCAAUCUGGCCAUAUCGAGAGAAACCACUGUUAUCAAAAAUCCACAUCUUCGAGCACGGCGAUCUACAAAUGCUUUACAAUUGGCGCCUAUCAGUCCGGCUCGGCUUGGUCGGAAAUCUGUUCAUUCGCAGUCUCGAUCUAGAGAAGCUUGUCAUCUGCAAUAUCGUUGGUGCCAUAUACUUCUUUGCCGCCUGCACGAGCAGAGAUGUUUGCUCCCGCAAGAAGCCCGAGCUCAUCAACACUCUUCUUUCCCAAGAUGGCAGGGUCGCGAAGAAGAUGCCGGCACUCCGUGUAAUGGAACUAUACGGUGCAUGGCGAGAAUCAGCUGUGGUUUUCCGAUACCUUGUCACUGGAAAUUCUGCAGAGAUUACUUGGGUCAGCACGUGGGAGUUCAAGCUAGGAGACGAAACCAAGUAUAUUUGGUGGGACGUCGCGCAGCUCAGAGAGGACCGGCUGGUGCUCCAGUUCGCACCCGAAAGGCACCUGCGUACUUAUGACGGCCCAUCUCACUUUGUACACCAGUGGUCGGUGACUCGGGGCCUGGCUCUUCAUUCCUCUUAA